GGCCUCAGACAACUUCAACACAACUCUUCUUUGAUAACAUAAUAACCUCCUUCUCUAAUAUUCAAACUGUGUCCAGAAGUCCUCUGGGUCACCGUGAAUGCGUAUUAUAAUUCUUAUUAGAGCGUGGCCGUGUGCUACUCAAGUGUCGGGUGUAGGUUAGUCUUGUCUGGCUGGAAGACCUUGUGGCACGAGCCAACUCCCUUGCUUAUUUACUUACUCCGGCCGCCACUUAUCUAGUCUCCCACAAGGUGGUGCUGAGGACGGACCCCCUCUCGUUUGCCUUUCUCUCUCCUUGCGUGUAACAGUGUGCGUAUGUUCGUCCGCGACUAGAGAAGAGGACUGACUUAGUGAAGAGAGGAGUAGAGAAAGGGACAGGCUGAUUCUCAGGUUCUCUCUGUGUGUCAUAGUGUUGUUGUUUUUUUUUUCUCUCUUGCAAGACAGAGGCCAAGGAUUUCGUACCUGCAGGAGUAUUUACCAUUAAUCGUUCAUAGCUCGAACAAAGAUGGGUUCUGCAUUCCUGGAGGACCCCGGCGUGGAGGACUACCUGGGCUUCAACAUGACCGCCCUCGAGGUCGACGAAGCCUACCUCAGCCUCACGUCAGACGACCCGAGGACACUGAGCCUCUACACGCGCAACGGAGACUGUUACGGGUGCCCGCUACAGAAGCGAGACAUAAACGUGACAGCAGAAGGCACGAACAUGACACUCCACACUGCGCAUGCGUGGACCUUCGUUCUGAGUGACGCAACUACAGACUAUUUGCCUGAGAUAAACGGAAGUGUUUGUGCGGUUACGGAAGCUAAUCUUGGCGAGUUUGGUGUUUACGAACUUGCUCUCGAAAAUAACAAGUGUACCUUUUCCACACUCAAGGAUCCAGUGUUUGAAUAUGGAGCCAUGGUGAUAGCCCUAGCAGUUUACGUGGGGAUAGCGAUCCUCUGUGCCAUCGCGACUUACGUGUACAAAAAGGGUGUUCAGUCUUUGUUCAAAUCAGGGGUGACGGAGGCGACCAGCCAGCCCCUCACAAGGGAAGGUUCCUCUGCCGUUCAGGUGGUGCUACAGAUGGGCCAGUCGACCGAGACCACAGCGCCGCCGCCGCCAGUCAAGCCAGCGAAGAAGCAGAGACUCAAGUCACUCGAUACCGUGAGAGGGAUUAGCAUCGUGGUUAUGAUCUUCGUGAAUUACGGCGCCGGGAGAUACUGGUUCCUGGAGCACGCGACCUGGAACGGACUGCAGGUGGCGGAUCUCGUGUUUCCUUGGUUUCUGUGGAUCAUGGGCGUCUGCAUCCCCAUGGGCCUCCAGUCAGCUAUCCGCCGGAACGUGCCUAAGAAAAAGACCUUUUUCAGAAUUGUCAAGCGCUCCCUGAAGCUGUUCCUCCUGGGCAUCGUGUUGAACUCCUUGGGCGGAUGGGUGUACCUCGACCUCUAUCGCAUCCCUGGCGUGCUGCAGCGGUUUGCCAUCUGCUAUUUCGUGACCGCGGGCGUGGCGCUGGCUCUCUCGCCGAAGGAACCGCCGCAGUAUCAGAGCAACGUGGGCAUCGCAUUCUCCGACCUCCUCCAGUUAUUCCCACAGUGGGUCGUUCACAUCCUCAUCGUGGUCUCCCACACUCUCAUCACCUUCUUCCUGCCUGUGCCCGGAUGCCCGACAGGCUACCUAGGUCCCGGGGGCGUCGCUCUCCUGCAGGACGGAGAACCGAGUCCCCAGUGCAUAGGCGGCGCGGCUGGAGAGGUAGACCGCUGGCUCCUGACGGCGUCCCACAUCUACCAGAACCCGACGGCGAGGGGAGUCUACUCAUCAGGGGCAUUCGAUCCUGAGGGAGUGUUAGGUUCCUUAACCUCGAUCUUCCAAGUGUUCCUGGGCAUGCAAGCCGGUAUGGUGUUACAGUGCCACAAGACCCAUCGAGGACGUAUGGUGCGCUGGUUGCUGUGGUCGGUGGCCCUCGGUGCCAUUGGGACGGGGCUGUGUGGUGCCUCCAUGAACGAUGGUGUCAUACCCGUCAAUAAGAAUUUGUGGUCCCUCUCCUUCGUUAUGGUGACGUCAUGCUUUGCCUUCUUCCUGCUGGCCUUCUGCUAUCUGCUGGUCGACGUCUGGGGCGUGUGGAGUGGCGCGCCGGUCUUCCAAGCAGGCAUGAACAGCAUUUUCCUGUACGUGGGCCAUAACGUAGCCUACAACCUGUUCCCUUGGCACUACAGCAUCGGUCACAUGAACACCCACCUGGAAUUCCUUGCUGAGACGCUGUGGGGAACAACGCUGUGGGUUCUAAUCGGCCUCUAUUUGCACCACAAGGGCAAGUUCUACACUGUGUAAAGGCGGUGGGAGGCUGGCGUAUGUGUGUACUGUGUAGAGGUUAAGAGGGAGGGGGGAUGGAGGUGUUAUUGGCGUAGGAAGCAACAAUGAGGAGUUAUUUUUUAUAAUUCUUUUCUUCUGUUUAAGUUUUGGAUUUGAAUUUAAGACGUGUAACUGAUUUACACUUUUUGGAAAUGCGUAAAGGUAAAUCGGGAUUUGUUAGUUACAUGUCUUGCUUUGUGGCUUUGUUCACGUUCGCUCAUUGUUUUUCUUUCUUUUUCUUUUCUUAUUUGAGAAGUUUUUCAUCUAUAUUUGUUUUAAGCACUGAAGAGAAGUAGAGAAAAAUUAUUUUCUACUGGUUAUUAGAAGAGGAACUGACAACAGAAAACGAGAAAAAGAGACAAGGAAAACUCUGUUGUUGUUUUUUCUUUACGAUUUUUUUUCUUUUUGAUAAUUAAUUCGUUAAGUUUUUUAGUUAACACUAGAGAAGUGGAGACAAAAUAUCUUAUUACUUAUUACUAGUAGAGGAACUGACAACAGAAAAUGAGAGAAAGAGACAAGGAAAACUCAUAGAGGUUCAUAGGUUCAUAGAAAACGUUUCUCUGAUGCAUGGAACGUUUAGAAGAUAAUUUGUUUGCUUAUUCCUAUGAUACGCAUUUAUCGUUUUGCCUAAACUGUUCUGGUGUAAAUAAAUGUUAAUAAGUGUUUGAUUUUAUGCAAAUUAACUUUGCUUAUCAACUGCUUUAUAUUUUCUUGUAUGAUAAAUAUCUAUACUCUCUUAGUCUGUUUUUCUAAUUCUUAUUUUUGUAAAUUCUGAAUACAAUGUAUGGAAAUAAA